CGGAGCUGGGUGAACUGGGCCCCUGCCUAGCCCCGCCGGCGCUGUGGCAGUCAGUGCCCACGGGCAGCACAUCUAGCGCUCUGGACUCUCCCCGCGAGACUUGGGCGUGCCCUGCACUCCCAUCCAGUGCCCCGUCUGGCUCUGCACUGCACCUUCCUCGCCCGCCUGACCAGGCCCUUGUCCCUUCCUCUCAGGUUAGGCCAAAGACUCUGAUUCCAGACAGCCUCCCCAUCACCCCGGGCCGGGACCGGCCACCCAAGCAGCCCCCGACAUUUCAGAAGGCUACUGUGGUGAGCAUCAAGAACCCCAGCCCAGCCCUCCCCACUGCCAACAACACCGUCAGCCGCGUGCCAACGCCCAGCAGCCAGCCCCAGGCCCUCGCCGAGCCCACCGCCAUCACCUCACCCCUGAGCGGCGCCGGCGUGGCCUACGCCAUCAUCUCCACCUCCCCCAGCAAUGCCACCGCCAUCACCCCUAGCACCGCCGUGCCCGUGGCCAGCGACAGCAUCAAAGUCCAGCCUCUCCUCAUCAGUGCCGACAGCAAGGUUAUCAUCCUUCAACCUCAAGUGCAGACACAGCCUGAGAGUUCAGCGGACCCACGGCCACCCUCAGAGAAGCCAUCUCAGGGAGCUCAGGCCACCAAAAAGAAGAAGGAAGACCGGCCCACCAGCCAGGAGAACCCCGAGGUAGGGGUCCCUGCUAUGGGCAUGCGCGUGUGGGUGCGGCAUUGGGAGGAUCCCGCCAUGGGCGUGCACGUGUGGGUGCGGCAUUGGGAGGAUCCCGCCAUGGGCGUGCACGUGUGGGUGCGGCAUUGGGAGGAUCCCGCCAUGGGUGUGCACGUGUGGGUGCAGCAUUGGGAGGAUCCCGCCAUGGGCAUGCACGUGUGGGUGCAGCAUUGGGAGGAUCCCGCCAUGGGCGUGCACACG